AUGUCGAAUACUAAGGUUAUCAAUUUUGCUCCUGGUCCAGCCAAAAUACCUGAAGAGGUCUUAAAGAAGGCUCAAGAAGAACUCGUUGAUUUUGGUGGCACCGGUGUGAGCGUCAUGGAACUAAGCCACAGAUCUGCUGACUUUGCGAAGGUUAUCAAUGAAGCUGAACAGAAUUUAAGACAGUUGCUUAACAUCCCAGAUAAUUACAAAGUCCUGUUCAUGCAAGGAGGUGGCACAGGUCAAUUUGCAUCUGUUCCAUUGAACUUAAUGAAGGAAGGAGGUUGUGCAGACUACGUUGUCACUGGUAGUUGGUCUGCAAAGGCUGCUAUUGAAGCCGAAAAGUUCGGUACUGUGAAUCGUGUGAUCCCCAAGACUAAAAAGUAUUCUGGUAUUCCUAACUUUUCUGAAUGGAAUUUGAACCCUGAGGCUUCCUAUGUCUAUAUCUGCGCUAAUGAGACUAUUCACGGUGUCGAAUACCAUGAUAUUCCUGACACCAAGGGUGUACCACUUGUAUGUGACAUGUCGUCGAAUAUUCUCUCAAAAGAAAUUGAUGUUUCCAAGUUCGGACUGAUUUAUGCUGGAGCGCAAAAAAAUGUUGGAUGUGCUGGCGUCACCAUUGUUAUCGUUCGUGAGGAUUUGAUUGGAAAUGCACGUUCCUAUUGCCCUAUUGUUAUGGAUUAUAAAGUUACGGCUGGAAUGAAUUCACUUUAUAACACUCCUCCAACUUACAGUAUCUACAUUAUGGGCAUGGUAUUCCAAUGGAUUGUAUCGAAGGGUGGAGCCAAAGCCAUGAGUGAAAGAAGUGCAUUGAAGGCUAGCAAGGUUUACAAUGUCAUUGACAAUUCGGAUGGGUUUUACGUAGCACCUGUUUGUAAGAAAGAUCGCUCUAGGAUGAAUGUUCCAUUUAGGAUUGGAUCUGAGAAUGGCGAUGACGAAUUAGAAAAGAAGUUCCUAAAAGAAGCCGGCGAGCGUAAAUUUAUGCAUCUCAAAGGACACCGUUCUGUUGGUGGUAUCAGAGCAUCGCUGUACAAUGCGGUAUCUGUGGAAGAAACGGAACAACUGGUCGACUUUAUGAAGCAAUUUCAACAAAAAUAUCGUAAAUAAAGGAAACUAUCGAAUCCUAAAGAGAUUACAAUGCAUAUAUAACCUAACGUGAAUCGCACUUAUUUGACAAUAUUGUACGGUUUCUGUACGAGUUUAUAUAUUACUUAUAUAUAUUUAACUGUUUGCCCUGGAACUACCGAGGCUUCAGCUUUGACGAUUUUGAAUUAGCUUUUAAAGAUUGAAGACACAUCUAUGUAUUUUAUUCAUUUAGUUGAACAUUAUAUAACAAGAAAUAGCACUGUAAAUCUCAUAAUUACAGAUUAAUGUAAUUAUUUGUAGUUAUUAUUUAUGAGUGCUUUACUAGACAAUUGCAAAAACCCCAUUUCAUGUAUUUCAUUAACGCAAAUAAGUAAAUAUAGCGCUUAAAAACUUAUUAAUAAAGAAAGUUGUGACUUCGAAA